AUGUCUGCAACUGCACCCGCCCAGGCUGACCAGGUAGCCAUGGGAGACUGGCUUUCCUCCAGUUCCUCCAACUACCUGGUCCUGUCUUUCCUGGGGCAGGGAACCUUUGGCAAAGUUGCCAAGUGCAUGAGGAUGCACGACAAGAGGACCGUUGCCAUCAAGAUGAUGACAAAUCGGGGCUCUUUAGUCCGACAGGCAGAAGAGGAGGUGGUCAACCUCCUAAAACUGAAAUCUCUGGAUUCGAACCAAUCCAACAUAGUUCGAUUCUAUGGGGUUUUUACCUGCCAAGGACACAUUUGCCUCGAGUUUGAGGCCCUUGACAAAAGUCUGUUUGACUUUAUGGAGGAAAAAGAGUUCCAGCCUCUCCUUUUGAAGGAAAUACGACCCAUCGUCCAGCAGAUCGCCGUUGCACUGGAGUACUUGAGGGCCGCUGGAAUAAUCCAUGCAGACCUCAAGUUGGAAAACGUCAUGCUGGUGGACCAUGCACAUGAGCCGUACAGGAUCAAAGUAAUUGACUUUGGCCUGGCCUGCCAUGUGUCAUCAACCAUGCUCGGCUCCUACAUCCAGACCCGCUACUACAGGUCUCCAGAGAUCAUUCUGGGUCUCCCGUUCACAGAGGCUGUAGACAUGUGGUCUCUGGGCUGCAUGGCUGCUGAGAUGUACCACGGCGAUCCACUCUACCCCGGCGGGAGCGAGUACAAUAUGAUGAGGUACAUGGUGGAGACUCAGGGUCAGCCACCAGACAAUCUGCUGACCCUCGGGCUCAAGACUGACCACUUUUUCCGGUCACAACGUGGUCAGAAAAAGCCCACCACCCGUCUCUUUGAACUCAAGACACCAGAGCAGUACCACAGAGAAACAGGGCAUCUGUCGGUGGAAACAAGGAGACGGAAACUUGAGUCUCUGUACGACCUCAUUGUACAGGUCACCAACCCAGAAAGUCCUGCUGAUAAAGUUGCGGUACGCAGCGACGAGCUGAUAUUCGUGGACAUGCUAGACAAAAUGCUCGAACUCGAUGCUGCCAGCAGAAUUACACCACGUCUGGUGCUGGAGCAUCAGUUUGUCAGCAUGGACCACUUGGUUUGCAUGUACCGCGACAGCUCCCACGUUAAGUCCUGCUUUCUAUUAAUGGACUUCUGUCGGAAUAACACCCCGGCCUCCGACAGUGGGGAGCUAGAGAGCAGGUCUCUGCAGCAGGACUAUGCUAGGACCAGCCAACCCCUCCGGCAGAACAUUAGUCCCUUUGCUGAGAGGAAUUACCUCAGCCAGGCCGGCUACAUCAGCCCUCAUCCCUGCACUCAGACGUCAGGGAUGAAACGAAAGGCCUAUGAUGACGAUGGAUCUGAAGACCAUCCGUCCAAGAAGAGCAAGCCUGGAUGGUACAGGGGAAAGAACAACUGUCCAGCCACCUCCAGCAGCACCCUGUAUGCCAGCACUAACAUCCAGGCUAGAUCUGCUGCUGUGAGGAACCCUCCUGCCCAGCCCCUGAACCAGAGCGUCAACAGCCACUCCUCCAAGAGCAGCCAGGCCAAGAGCUCCAUUGGGUCAGGAGUCAAAAGAAAGGCUGAUGGUGAUGAUGAUGAUCAUCAUCACACAGUAUCUGACCGAUAUAUAAGGUCACAUGAUGAUAGUAGGAGGUGCCGGAGAGACCACACAAGAACAUCUUCCCAAAGCUGCAACUCACCAAGGGUUAAGAGGAAGAGGUCUCAUGGUGACAACUAUGACUCUGAGAGGUCAGACCACGAGAGCAAGAGGGUAAAGAAAAGCUCUGCAGCUCCAUCCACCUGCAGCAGCAGCAGUUCGUGUACCCAGACUCUCCAUGUUCGGCCAAAUCGGAGGAUCAUUCCACCAGAGCACCACUGUCAGAGAGCACAUGACUCAUCCAGCACCUGGACCGAGAGCAGGGCUCGGUCAGGGCUGAAUGAUGAGAGGAGGACAGGAGAAGGAGGAAGAGAAAGAGGAGGACAGGAAGAGGAUGAGGACAGGUGGCGGAGGAGGAAAGAGAGGAGGAGGGAGGAGAGGAGGAGGAGGAGGAGGAGGAGGAGGAGAGGAGGACAAACAACCUCUGUGAAAACCAGGGACCACUAACCAUCUCCUCCACUUUGACCGAGGCUUGGUCAAUGCUUGCAGGCUUUUAUUGCCAGCAACAGAUUCAGCAUAUGUUUAUGAUUUGAUUGAUUUAUUGAUUUUUAUUUUCUUAGAAGAGUGUCGUGCACCGAAUUUAGAUGCCCAGCCCACAUGGACUUAAUUGCUUGAUUAUGAUUACUUUGUCAGAAAUACUUGAAUGUCAUGCAUGUUUUUGUUAUGUCAAA